AUGAGCAAAGUCAAAUUUGACAAGACUAAUCCUAUGAUGCAGGAUUUCAGUGACAGCGAUUCCGAUAACGAGGGCAAGGCAGGAAUCGAUGAUGGAGACCUUAACGAAGCAGAGUAAGAGGCCAAUAUUUUUAAGUUAUCUGCAAAUUCUUACAAAGUUUCAGGUGAACUAGGGCAGUACAUUUUGCCAGAAGCCAUUUUGAUUGAUAAGACCAAGAAAUGGCGCUAAAUCAACACUAAAAGAUACAGUGACCGCAGAAAAUUCGGCUAUGUGGAGACUCAGAAGGAACUGCUACCCCCUGAAGUGCUGAGGAAGAUCAUUAAGGAUCAUGGUGACAUGUCUUCGAAGAGAUUCAGACAGGACAAGAGAGUAUAUCUUGGAGCACUCAAGUACAUUCCUCACGCAAUCUACAAACUGCUAGAAAAUAUGCCCAUGCCUUGGGAAUAGGUCAGGAACGUAAAAACACUUUAUCACAUCACUGGAGCAAUUACUUUCAUAAAUGAGGUACCUAAGGUCAUAGAGCCAGUGUACACUGCGUAAUGGGGAUCGAUGUGGAUAAUGAUGAGAAGAGAGAAGAGGGAUAGGCGUCACUUCAAAAGAAUGAGAUUUCCACCCUUUGACGACGAGGAACCUCCCCUUGACUAUGGUGAUAACAUCUUGAAUGUAGAACCACUUGAAGCAAUCCAGAUGGAGUUAGAUGAAGAAGAAGAUAACCCAGUAUUUGAUUGGUUCUAUGAUCACUAACCACUAAAGUACACUAAAAAUGUAAAUGGACCUUCAUACAGACUAUGGCGUCUGACUCUUCCAAUGAUGGCUAACUUGCAUAGACUCUCAAAUCAACUGCUUAGUGAUUUGCUUGAUCAUAACUACUUCCACUUGUUUGACAAAAAGAGCUUCUUUACUGCUAAGGCAUUAAAUAUGGCUAUCCCAGGUGGUCCUAAAUUUGAACCAUUAUAUAGAGAUAUCUAUGAAGAAGAUGAAGACUGGAAUGAGUUCAACGACAUAAAUAAGAUUAUUGUUAGACAUCAAAUUAGAACUGAGUACAAGAUAGCAUUCCCUCACCUCUAUAACAGUAGACCUCGAAAAGUUGAAUUAGCUCCUUAUCAUUCACCUGCCGUCUGCUUUAUCAAGAAUGAUGAUCCAGAACUUCCAGCAUUCUAUUUCGAUGAAGUCAUUAAUCCAAUCUCAGCUUAUAAAAUGGAUAAAUUUAAAAAUCUUACUGAUAACUUCGAAGUAACUGAUGAAGACCUAGAAGAAUUCGAGAUGCCAGAAUAUGUCUAACCAAUUCUUCAAGAAUAACCUUUGUACAAUGAAAAUACAGUAAAUGGAAUAAAUCUCUACUGGGCUCCAGAGCCAUUCAACAAAAGAACAGGUAAAACUAGAAGAAACUAUGAUAUCCCACUAGUUUCAUCAUGGUUUAAAGAGAGAUGUCCCCAGGGAUAUCCUGUCAAGGUCAGAGUGAGCUACUAAAAGCUACUUAAAGUUUGGGUAUUGAAUUAACUUCAUCACCAUUAGCCAAAGGCUCAAAACAAAAAGUCAUUACUGAAAGCUUUUUAAAAGACUAAGUUUUUCUAGCUAACUGAAAUUGAUUGGGUUGAAGCAGGUUUACAAGUCAUAAGACAAGGAUAUAACAUGCUUAACUUGCUUAUUCACAGAAAGAACCUGAACUACUUGCAUUUGGAUUAUAAUUUCAACUUGAAGCCAGUUAAAACUUUGACAACAAAGGAGAGAAAGAAGUCGAGAUUCGGUAAUGCAUUCCAUUUGAUAAGAGAAAUUCUAAGAUUAACCAAACUUGUUAUUGAUUCUCAUGUGCAAUACAGACUUGGAAAUAUAGAAGCCUUCUAAUUAGCUGAUGGUCUUUAAUAUAUAUUCUCUCAUGUUGGAUAAUUAACAGGAAUGUACAGAUAUAAAUAUAGACUUAUGAGAUAAGUAAGAAUGACCAAAGAUCUUAAACAUCUAAUCUAUUACAGGUUUAAUACAGGUCCAGUCGGAAAAGGACCAGGUGUAGGUUUCUGGGCACCAGGCUGGAGAAUAUGGCUAUUCUUCUUAAGAGGAAUUAUUCCUUUAGUUGAGAGAUGGUUAGGAAACUUGCUAGCUAGGCAGUUCGAAGGUAGACAUUCAAAGGGUAUCGCUAAAACUGUUACCAAGCAAAGAGUAGAAUCAUAAUAUGAUCUUGAAUUAAGAGCUGCUGUCAUCAUGGAUAUCAAUGAUAUGAUGCCAGAGGGAGUGAAGGCAAACAAAACUAAAACAAUCUUAUAGCAUUUGAGUGAGGCUUGGAGAUGCUGGAAAGCUAACAUACCUUGGAAGGUGCCUGGACUUCCAGCUCCUCUUGAAAAUCUGAUUCUUAGAUAUGUUAAAUCUAAAGCUGAUUGGUGGACUAAUGCUUCAUAUUAUAAUAGAGAAAGAAUUAGAAGAGGAGCAACAGUUGAUAAAACUGUUUGUAAGAAGAAUCUAGGUAGAUUGACAAGACUUCAUUUAAAAUCUGAGCAAGAAAGAUAACAUAACUACUUGAAAGAUGGUCCUUAUACAACUCCAGAGGAGGCUAUUGCUAUUUAUACUACUUUUGUGCAUUGGCUUGAGUCUAGAAAGUUUAUCCAUAUUCCCUUUCCUCCUCUGAAUUACAAGAAUGAUACUAAGCUAUUCGUUUUAUGUCUUGAGAGACUGAAAGAAGCCUAUAGUGUAAAAUCAAGAUUAAAUUAAUCUCAAAGAGAUGAGCUGAGUUUAAUAGAAUAGGCUUAUGAUAAUCCACAUGAAGCCUUAUCUAGAGUUAAAAGACAUUUAUUAUGUCACAGAGCUUUCAAAGAGGUCGGUAUCGAAUUUAUGGAUCUCUAUUCGCAUCUAAUCCCAGUUUAUGAUAUAGAACCUAUUGAGAAAAUUACAGAUGCUUACCUAGAUCAGUAUCUAUGGUAUGAGGCUGAUAAAAGAAAUCUUUUCCCUAAUUGGAUUAAGCCUGCAGAUUCUGAACCACCCCCUCUUCUUGUCUAUAAAUGGUGCUAAGGUAUUAACAACUUAACAGACGUUUGGGAUGUUUCUGAAAAUCAAAAUGUAGUGCUAUUGCAAACGAAAUAUGAAAAACUCUAUGAAAAAGUAGAUUUCACACUUCUGAAUAGACUAUUAAGACUUAUCGUGGAUCAUAAUUUAGCUGAUUAUAUGACCACUAAGAAUAAUGUAGUUAUAUCUUUCAAAGAUAUGUCUCAUACAAACUCUUAUGGGCUUAUUAGAGGACUUUAAUUCGCUUCAUUUAUUACUCAAUACUAUGCUUUGAUACUUGAUAUAAUUAUUCUUGGACUAUAAAGAGCUUCAGAGCUAGCAGGUCCCCCAUCUUAACCAAAUGAAUUUAUGAGUUUCAAGGAUGUUGAUACUGAGACCAGACAUCCUAUCAGACUAUUCUGCAGAUAUAUCGAUAAACUCUACAUCAUUUUUAGAUUUACUGAGAAUGACUCAAGAGAAUUGAUUUAAAGAUAUUUAACUGAGAAUCCUGAUCCAAAUAACGAGAACAUAGUCGGAUAUAACAAUAAAAAAUGCUGGCCAAGAGAUUGCAGAAUGAGAUUAAUGAAGCAUGAUGUGAAUCUUGGUAGAGCCGUAUUCUGGGAGAUUAAGAACAAGCUUCCAAGAGCUUUGACUACUAUUGAAUGGGAAAAUAGUUUUGUAUCAGUUUAUUCAAAGGAUAAUCCAAAUCUUCUUUUUAACAUGUGUGGAUUUGAAGUCAGAAUACUCCCUAAGAUUAGGGCAAUUUUAGAGGAGUUUUCACAAAAAGAUGGCACAUGGAAACUUCAAAAUGAAAAUACCAAGGAAAUCACAGCUUAGGCAUUUGUGAAGAUCGAUGAAGAGAGUUUAAAGAAAUUCGAAAAUAGAGUUAGAUAAAUCUUAAUGGCUAGUGGUUCAACUACAUUUACAAAGAUCGCUAACAAAUGGAAUACAACACUUAUUGGAUUAAUGACAUACUAUAGAGAAGCAACAGUUUAAACUGAGUAGAUGCUAGAUUUACUAGUGAAAUGCGAAAAUAAAAUACAAACAAGAAUCAAGAUUGGUCUAAACUCUAAGAUGCCAAGUAGAUUCCCACCAGUCGUAUUCUAUACACCAAAAGAACUUGGAGGUCUAGGCAUGCUAUCUAUGGGCCAUAUUCUGAUCCCUUAAAGUGAUCUUAGAUUCUCUAAAUAAACAGAUACUGGUAUCACUCAUUUCAGAGCAGGUAUGAGUCAUGAGGAAGAUUAACUGAUUCCAAAUCUCUAUAGAUAUAUCCAAUCAUGGGAGUCCGAGUUCAUAGACUCUUAAAGAGUUUGGGCUGAAUAUGCUUUAAAGAGAUAAGAAGCAGCAGCUUAAAAUAGAAGACUUACCCUAAAUGAUCUAGAAGACUCAUGGGAUAGAGGUAUUCCUAGAAUAAACACUCUUUUCUAAAAAGAUAGAUUGACGUUAGCUUAUGAUAAAGGCUGGAGAGUUAGGCAAGACUUUAAGCAGUAUUAAGUGCUCAAGUAAAAUCCAUUUUGGUGGACUCAUUAAAAGCAUGAUGGAAAGCUUUGGAACUUAAAUAAUUACAGAACAGAUAUGAUUCAGGCCCUAGGAGGAGUUGAAGGAAUUCUUGAGCAUACCUUAUUUAAAGGAACUUAUUUCCCAACUUGGGAAGGUCUGUUUUGGGAAAAAGCUUCUGGUUUUGAAGAGUCUAUGAAGUACAAAAAGCUUACUCAUGCUCAGAGAUCAGGUCUUAAUCAAAUCCCGAAUAGAAGAUUUACUCUAUGGUGGUCACCUACAAUUAACAGAGCAAAUGUCUAUGUAGGUUUCCAAGUCUAGCUUGAUCUCACAGGUAUAUUUAUGCAUGGUAAAAUUCCAACACUCAAAAUUUCCCUCAUUCAGAUUUUCAGAGCUCAUUUGUGGCAAAAAAUACAUGAAUCAAUUGUGAUGGAUCUUUGCUAAGUCUUUGAUAUGGAAUUAGAUUCACUAGAAAUUGAAACAGUACAAAAGGAGACAAUUCAUCCUAGAAAAUCAUAUAAAAUGAACUCAUCAUGUGCUGAUGUUCUACUGUUUGCUGCCUUCAAAUGGUAAAUAUCUAAACCAUCCUUGCUUCAUGAAUAAAAAGAUCAAUUUGAUGGCACUACUACUACAAAAUACUGGAUUGAUGUUCAAUUGAGAUGGGGUGACUAUGAUUCUCAUGAUAUUGAGAGAUACAGCAGAGCUAAGUUCUUAGACUACACAACAGACAACAUGUCAAUCUAUCCAUCUCCAACUGGAUGCUUGAUUGGUAUCGAUUUAGCCUACAAUCUACAUAGUGGUUUUGGUAACUACUUCAAUGGUUCAAAGAUUUUACUAACACAAGCAAUGAAUAAAAUUAUGAAAGCUAAUCCAGCAUUAUAUGUCCUUCGUGAAAGAAUCAGAAAAUGUCUGUAACUGUAUUCCUCUGAGCCAACUGAGCCAUAUCUCAACUCACAGAAUUAUGGUGAAUUAUUUUCAAAUCAAAUCAUCUGGUUUGUUGAUGAUACUAAUGUCUAUAGAGUAACCAUCCAUAAAACAUUUGAAGGUAACUUGACAACUAAGCCAAUCAACGGAGCUAUCUUCAUCUUCAACCCAAGAACUGGCCAAUUAUUCUUGAAAAUUAUUCAUACUAGUGUGUGGGCUGGACAGAAACGUCUUGGAUAAUUGGCUAAGUGGAAAACUGCUGAAGAGGUAGCAGCUCUUAUUAGAUGCUUACCAGUUGAAGAGCAGCCCAAGCAAAUUAUUGUUACAAGAAAAGGUAUGUUGGACCCACUUGAGGUACAUCUAUUAGAUUUUCCAAAUAUUGUUAUCAAGGGUAGUGAACUAUAACUUCCUUUCUAAGCCUGCCUUAAGAUAGAAAAAUUCGGAGAUAGAAUUCUCAAAGCCACUGAACCUCAAAUGCUUCUAUUCAACCUAUAUGAUGACUGGUUAAAGAGUAUUCAAAGUUUCACUGCUUUUAGCAGAUUGAUUCUUAUCCUAAGAGCUAUGCAUAUUAAUGCUGAGAGAGCUAAGAUUGUCUUAAAACCAGACAAAACUACUAUUACUCUUCCUCAUCACAUCUGGCCAAAUCUUACUGAUGAAUAAUGGGUUAAGGUUGAAGUUGAACUUAAGAACCUCAUUCUAGCUGACUAUGCCAAGAAGAAUAAUGUGAAUGUAGCUUCACUGACUUAAUCUGAGAUAAAAGAUAUCAUCUUAGGUAUGGAAGUAGCCCCAGUGAACAUCUAAAAACAAGAAAUUGAAAGGAUCGAGAAGUAGAACAAGGAAGCUUCUUAACUCUAAGCUCAGAAUGUAAAGUCAACAAAUAUUCAUGGACAGUCAAUGGUAGUUUAAGUACUUAGUGGCUAUGAAAGGGAAAAAUUCAUGUCCAAAACUGACUGGAGAAUGAGAGCCAUCUCAGCCACUAGUCUUCAUUUGAGAACUAAUCACAUAUAUGUAAAUUCAGAAGAUCUCAAGGAGAGUGGAUUCACUUACGUACUGCCCAAGAACAUCUUGAAGCGAUUCAUAUGCAUCAGUGAUUUAAGAAUUUAAGUUGCAGGAUAUCUCUACGGUAUCACUCCACCAGACAACCCAUAUGUCAAGGAAAUCAGAUGUAUAGUUUUAGUGCCAUAAAUUGGUACCUACUAGCAUGUAACUCUACCACAUCACAUACCUGAGCAUACUUACUUGAAAGACAUGGAGCCACUUGGAUGGAUACAUACUCAACCCUUCGAAACUAAUUCCUUAUCUGCUUUUGAUGCUUCUAUUCAUACCAGACUACUCGAAGAUAAUUCUACUUGGGAUGCUGAAGCGUCUAUUAUAAUAACUACCAGUUUUACUACAGGGUCUUGUUCAUUAUCAGUAUACAAACUAACUUAAGCAGGAGUAGAAUGGGGAAGAAAUAACAAAGAAACUUCACCCAACCCACCAGGCUAUGGAUCCCAUCUCUAUGAAAAGGUUCAAAUGAUCCUUUCAGACAAGUUCCUUGGUUUCUUUAUGAUCCCAGAAGGUGGCAUUUGGAACUAUAACUUCAAUGGUAUUAACUUCAGUGAGAACAUGAAGUUCCAACUGGUACUUGACAACCCCAAGGAUUUCUACAAUGAGAUUCACAGAACUUCACAUUUCCUAGACUUUGCCAAAAACGAAGAUGAGAUUGAGAUUGAGACACCAGACAAGGAAAAUCAUUUUGAAUGA